GAGGCGGAAUGUCACCUUGUGCUGCGGUUGCCCUCUUGCAUUCAAUCCGCGUGCGACUCUGAGAGCCCUACCCACACGAUAUGGACUCCUAAACAAUCAUCUUUUGGGCUCGAGAUGUUGCGCUGGCGCUUGGGUAUUCGUUGGCUAUGACAAACGGAUUGCUUCCGACAGCGCCGUAUUCCUCACUUCCACACACUCAGUGGCUCUCGACCUCGCGCCGACAACACCGGAAAAUGCAAUAUAAUUCAUGGCAUCGCUAUAAAAUAGACUCUCUCUACAGGUUCAGUCGUUAGCUGCCAGGCUCUUCCUCACUGUCCUUAGGCAACAACUCUGCUCAGACGCACGUUCCAUUCUUUAUCAUGUUCUCCUCAACGUUGUCAUCGCUCGUCCUUCUCUUAUGCACGCUCACUAAUCUUACCUCUGUGUUCUCCUUCCCUGUUGACUCGGAUGGCCUAGACAGUACCGCUCGCAAAUUUUUGGCCCGUGCAAAGCAGGCCACUCCUGCCGCCCCACAUUUUGUCAUUUACAGCGAUAAAUUUGUUUCCGGAGAAACUGGCCCGCCUGACGUUUCUCAAGUCGAAGGAUACAAUGUUUUCGCUCUUUCUUUCCUACUCAUUGAAGGCGCAUUUGAUAAGGCUGAGGAGUGGACCCAGCUUAGCGCGUCUCAACGCAGUGCAAUCAAGUCACAAUACGCGGCUGCAGGAAUCAAACUUAUUGUUUCCUUGUUUGGCGCAACCGAUGCUCCGACGUCCACUGGAGCAGACCCCACGCAAACUGCUAACACAAUGGCCGCCUGGGUAAAACAGUUCGAUCUUGACGGCGUUGAUGUCGAUUACGAGGAUUUCAAUGCAAUUAACGCGGGUGAUGGUAAAGCCGAGGCUUGGCUUACCACAUUUACGAAGCAGCUUCGCACGCAGCUUCCUCAGGGAGACUUUAUACUUACACAUGCUCCUGUCGCUCCCUGGUUCUCCCCGAACAAGUUCGGUGGUGGUGCCUACCUCACUGUUAACGAAAAUGUUGGCAGUUUGAUUGAUUGGUACAACGUCCAGUUCUAUAACCAGGGAACAAGCGAGUAUACGACGUGCAAUGGUCUCCUGACCUCCUCCUCAAGUACCUGGCCUGAGUCUGCUCUGUUCCAGAUUGCCGCUAACGGUGUAGCUCUAAACAAGCUCGUCAUCGGCAAGCCCGCCACGUCAGGCGAUGCCAGCAAUGGCUUCAUUGACCCAUCAACGCUUGCUGGAUGCGUUGCGCAGGCAAAGAACAAGGGUUGGAAUGCCGGUGUCAUGGUCUGGGAAUUCCCGGACGCCGCUGCAUCCUGGAUCGAGACAGUUCGCUCUCAGGCAUUCCCUGAAUAAUUGAUCCGGUGGGGGGAACACUAGUUAGAAUGGGAAAUAUCCGUCACGCUGGAUAUCUUUAGAGUUGUAGUGAUUCUUAUUCCUUCUUUUGUUGUCGAGAUUCCUUGGGGUUUCUGCGACGCCAUUCGUUGAUACGUUCUCUCCUUCUUCCUUGCUUCCAUGUGAUUAUGUAUCUCCUCCUGUAUUGCUAAUUCACAUUUCAGCGAAAUGGAAUCGAAAUAU